GAACAGGAAUCCCUAGCGGCUGCCUUCGAUCCCUUCCGGCCUGGCUUCUCAUCUCUCUCCCUCUCCCCAUCUUCUCCACCUCCGCCCGCCGCCACGACCAGGCCGGCGUGGUGGUGCGCCAUCCACCCAGCGCCGCCAUAUCCUUCUCCUCCCCGAAUCCAUCCAUCUAUCUAUCCACCACACCACCACCACCCAGCGCCACCAUAACCUUCAUCCACCAGCGCGACACCACCCAGCCACCUCUCCCUGCUGCCCCCCAUUGCUACUCAUGCCCUGGACCAGACAGAGGGCCGACGGUGUCUGAUCCAUCGUGCGGGCUCCCUCCAGCCGGCGCGCCCGAGCAGACACGCAGCCGCGCGAUCGUUCCCAUCUUCUGUUGUUACUCUGCUCCCGACGCCCAUACUGUUGCCCCUCUUCCUUCUUCCUGUGCCCCCUGCUGCUGUUCCUCUCUACUCCUUGCUGCUUCUCUUCUUCCCCUACCUCGCUGCUACUCUUCCUCCCCUACCACGCUGCUGUUGUUCCUUCUUUUCCCCACGAUCUGCUGCUACAUCAUCUCCUUCAUUGAAGCUUCUACUACCCUUCGCUCUUGUAAUGCCUGAUGUUGUUCUUUAUCUUCCUUGCCUUGCUGCUACUUCUUCUCUGAACCUCAAUAUGCUGCCGCUUCUUUUCUGUACCACAAAACUGCUGCCGUUCUCUCUCAAUCUCUCUCUCACACUCUCUCUUUGAUCUCAAAUGUCUGUAAUCUUGACAAGUGUGAUGUUCAGUACUUUGUAAUGUUCAGAUAUGUUAAGUGUUCAAGUAAAGUACUUUUGUUUAGUUUUAGACUUGUGCCUGUGUGAAAAUUAGUUGAAUCUAUUCCCUGUAUACUCUGGUUGCUGUAGAAACUUGUUCAGUUUGUAGCAUCUGUGAUUUAUAUAUAUAAUUGUGGUGCGUAACAUUUAUGUCCUUGUCCCAUAAGCUUGUUUAUAUCUGUUUCUAUAUAUCAAUGCUUGCCUGUGUUAGUGUCUUAAUUCCUCAAGCAUAAUAAAAAUAUCAAAAAGACAGUGAGUAAAAUCUGAACCUGCCUUUGCUAUUUUGCAUUUUCUUUGUGGUUUAUCUUCCAGAACAAUCAUUGAUAGUCUAGUUUUAUUUUCUGCUUUCAUCUCCCAGUAUCAUGUUACCUAGCUUUAGCCAAGCAUAGCCGCCGAUCGCCUAGUCCCUGAGGAGAACUUCGACAACCCACAGAUUGGGCGUAAAACCCCACUGUACUUACAAAACGAUCAUUUUGGCGCCGUUGCCGGGGACUAGCGUCGAGCGGCUGUGGACUAGGUUUUUCUUGUUUUCUUUUCUUUUUGUAGGUUAGAACUGUCUUCUCGGUUAUGGCAUAUUACUCAGAUCACCAAGGAUAUGCGAGCAACACUACAAACAACAUGGAAACUAUUCAAGAAUUGAUAAGUAAGAUUUCCCAUCAAUUAGAUGAUUUAGCUCGGCAGCGAGAAGUAGUUUUUGAGGAUAGGCCUAGUUGUUAUGAUCCUUAUUCGUAGGCAAUCCUUAUGUUGUUCCUACAUGCCAUAUUUGUGGUUUUCAGGGCCAUUCUCCUGCUGAAUGUCAGCGUGGUUACUCUCACCCUCCCAAUUGUUAUGGCAUGAGCUUCGCCCCACAGAAUAGCUCAUACCAAAACAAUUACUCAUAUGGGUGGUUUAAAAACCAGAAUAUGUCAUAUAGGAACAGCAAUCCUGAGGUCUCACCGUUUGCUUCUAGUAAUCAUAUGCAGGGAUUUAGGUAUGAAGAGGAGAGCAACAACUAUGCACCACAACAAUUUUAUUCACAUUCUACUCAUGUACCUCAGCACCUGGAGAUGUUUCCAGUGGAGUUAAAUGGUCCUCCACUUGGUCAACCAACAAAUCUAGAACCUGUUGAGUAUUCAGUGCAAGUGCCCACACAAGAUGAAUUUGAUGAUCUAGAGAAUCUCACACUACUCAGUCUCGAGUUCACUUGGAGUGUCGGAGAUGAUCCUAUUAGGAAGGUUACACUAGAGGAAAUGAAGAAGAUCAAGAGUGGAAAAUAUCUAGUGGAAGAAGUAAGGAAGAUUGAGAAGAACAUCAACGUUGGCAACACUAUUUCUUCACAGCUAGAGCUAAGUAUUUCUGGGAUAUCCCUUGAUACAUGUGAGGUCCCAACACCUUCACAUUCAGCUGAGCAAGAUAGCGAGAGCCCAGAGGAAGAAAGACCUCAGAUUGAAGAAGAAAUACUCGAAGACAAGGAACAAGAUGAUCCAGAGCUCGAACGACCAAGUGAUCAAGUUGAAGACUUAUCAUCUACUACUCUUGAAGUAGUAAAAGAAGUUGAUGUAGUUGAAGAUGAAGAAUUAGAGAUUCAAUUGCCCAUCGUCAUACAGCAACGUGAUGUAGCAGGUUCGAGGUGACAUCCCUUGGGAUCCCGGUGGAGUCAGAGCAUGGCAAUGAGAAGCAAUGGGCACACGCGCGAGGAAGGGAGAAGCUGGAGCAGGCAUGAGAGAAGCAAAAGGAGAAGAGCUGCAGUUUAGAGAGUGAUCGAGCGAGUGCUACAUCAAUGCCCAGUGAGCUGUUUCAUGACCCCACUCUGAAUACUAUCAUCCAUUGAAACAUGCUGAAACCAUUUGAUAUUUUGGUUGCUUGAGCCAUUUCUUAAAUGUUGUCCCAAUGAAUUUUAUUUGACAUAUUGUGCUUGAUAUGAAUAUGUGAACUGAUUCUUGAAUGCCUUGUAAACUAGUGAUCUACACAAUGCUUGCUUUGCUGAAAGUAGUGAAAGCUAUUAGUUUUCAGUGCUCAAA